AUGCCACCUCCACCACCUCCUCCCCCUCCGCCGCCUCCGGGUAUGGGGGGACCUCCGCCGCCGCCGCCACCUCCCCCUGGAGCACUUCCAGGCCGACCACCUGCCGGUCUUCCUAAUAGGGGUGCUCUGCUCACAGAUAUCACCAAGGGCAAGGCGCUCAAGAAAGCAGUGACCAACGAUCGAUCAGCACCCAUCAUCGCCCCAACAUCAGGCAGCGGACCAGGUCUUGCGCCUCCAGUACCCGGAAAUCGAGCCCGUAGCGAUAGCGAUGUAGCCGACCGGAAUCAAGGUGGAUCAACAGGCAUGGAGGCUGCACCGCAGCUUGGAGGCCUUUUCGCCGGAGGCAUGCCAAAGCUACGGAAGACGGGUGGUGGUGUAGACACGGGCGCCAACCGGGAUGCAUCAUAUCUUUCCGACCCGGAAACAACAUCCAAAUCAGCACCGAAACCACCAACGGUCUCGGCCCCCCGCCCGCCUCCCGGCGCAGCCCCGACAAUUCCUGGACGGCCAUCAGCUCCUACUUUCCACCCAUCCAUGCCCAACCUCAAAAAGACUGCGAAUGGGGCAUCAUCGAAGCCGCCUCCGCCGCCAGUGGGCAAGAAACCGCCUCCUCCUCCAGGCUCCCGCAAGCCUUCCGCGGCUAUCCACUCUUCGGCACCUCCUUCAGCGCCACCUCCACCACCCUCAUUUGCUCCUCCUCCGCCUUCAUCUGCCGCCCCGUCUCUUCCUCCAGCACCUCCCCCGCCGCCUCCAACAGCCGCCCCGCGACCACCACCGGCUCCAUCACGUUCGCAGCCCCCUCCACCGCCGCCGCCGUCCUCGUCGACCAGCAAUCUUUCCCAGAAUAUUGCCGUCCAAGCCGCCAUCCGUGCUGCGAGCAGCGCCUCUUCGCCAGCAGCACCCCCUCCUCCACCUCCGCCCAGCGCUCCUCCUCGCUCAACAGCAUCAAGCCCUUCCCAUUCGGCUCCCGCACCUCCUCCUCCGCCGCCGCCAUCCUCGGCCCCAGCUCCUCCUCCACUCUCCCAUUCGCCCUCGACGAGAUCGGCACGAUCAGGCUCCGGCAUCAAGUCCAUGCUCGAUCCUAGCAACUUCAUCCUUACACCGAAUGGUACAGGCGGAAACAAGUCUCCAAGUCCAGUGCAUUCGGGUGGUGGCAGUGCGAGAUACAUCGUCCAGGAUCCCAGGUGGAAGUUUGCGAGCGAGGAUACCUUUCCGAAACCCAGGGAGUUCAUUGGCGGGCCAAGGAAGUAUCGCGCUGGCAGGGGAAGCAGUGUGCCGUUGGAUUUGAGCGCCUUGUAAUGGGAUACUUAGAGGAGAUUGGGUGGGGUAUGGAUGAUUGUUGAGGGACUAGGCGAGUAGUAGGAGUGACAAUGCGUAGGACGGGAGUUGGGAAAAAGGAGGGACGUCAAAGGUGACAUUAUCGCAAGGCGGUCAAGUUUGUUUUUAUUGCGCAGAUGCUACUUGGCAGUUUUUCGUGGUGGCAUCGUCUUGCGCAGACACUAGCUUGCAUCCUUCUUAUACCUUCUUGCAUAUAGUAUAAUAUAUCAUACCUGCUAGCCUUGCUGGCGGCAGAUACAUUUGAACAACC